CUUCUGUAUACAACCUUGUCAUCUAUGGAAAAUAACAGGCUUUCAAAAUUCUAUGUUCAUAUAUAUGAGCAAGAAGAAUAUUUUCAGAUCCACAAUCUCAAACAAAAGGCAAAAAAGUACUUUAAAAAGCGCUUCCUGCGUGACUUAGACGCCUUCUUCUUUCUAAUUCUGUCUCCUCCCGACUCUGUUAAAUCUUUUGCCCUUACUGGACACAAACCCCGCUCUCAGCCCUUUGAUAUCAGCAUUCCAGGUUAUCAAGGCCUCCAUUUGCGGGGAAUCUUCGCUGUCCUGCUAGGUGGAUUGGAGUAGGA